AUGGACAUCAAAGACUUUCCCCAUCUCAGUCGCGAGGAAUUUUCCGAAGCCUGUCACAAUUUGGACAGGCGAUACUGCCAGGCAACGCUCGGGCCGGUCCGCAGGCGUUGGCGUUUGAGGAUCUGUGCCGCGCUGGACACGCUCUUUUUCGACGAUGGUGGCUACUCAACGUAUAUCCAGAUUACACGUCCCCUGGAGCACGUCCUCGACCACGGAGAUCUGUCACUUGACCUGGACAAGUUUUCCUUUUCUGAACCAGAUGAGGGCGAUGCUAUGGUCAUGGCAGACCAGGGCAUGCUAGACAACGAAGAAGCAGACUCGGCUGCCAUCGUCAAGCACAUGCCACGGCCAGACGUGCCGCAUGUCACGUACGAAAUCCAUCUACACCCAACGUAUCGGGUCCCUUGCCUGUGGUUCUCCCUCCACAACCUGCCUCCUGAUGAGCCUGCCUUCAACAUCGACACCGUGUUUCGCCGCUUGGUCCCCGACGAGUACAAGGACGGCCUCCGGGGGCUCGGAGGCAUCGGUGGCAUCUCUGCUGAUCAUCACCCCAUCACAGGGGUUCCGGCUUUCUUUGUGCAUCCUUGUUUGCUGGGGGAUGCGAUAUCGAGCUUCCAGUGCUCCAGGGAGAACUACCUCAUGAUUUGGCUUGGGCUGGUGGGCGGGUGCGUCGGACUGUGGGUGCCCAAGGAAAUGGCCCAGCAAUGA